AUGUAUGCCAGAGAAUGUUCGCUUGGCUGCGAUCAUAUGGUGGGUAGUACGGGUUUUGUCCAAUACAACAAUGAAGGACGGUCGUCGUCGUCGUGUGUAGCACAGCUGAAUGACGAACGUGCGAAUCUAGAGAGGCAAGCCACUUCAAUGAUGGAGGCUCUUUGGUCGUUUACGUUGCUGGUGCUGUGCUUGUCGUCAGAGCCAAAUGUUGUUGAUGUUCAACAAAGGCGUUGCGCGCCCCGUCUUGUGGUGGAAACACGUUUGUUCACAAACAGUACGAGUGUGGUGGUGUCGAACGAUAUCAAAAGCAUGGAGACAAAACUGGAAGAAUUUGCCACCAAAACAGUUGAAGAUAUUUCCGACUACUUCCUCAGACUUCAUAGUUAUCUGCAAAAUAAGGAGAAGGAAAUUUUGGACAAGUUUGCAGAACAAUGCCAGCAACCGCAAUUUUUGUUAAGACAAGCCCUCGCAAUGCGUGACAGUUUAGAAUUUUAUCAGCGUACCUUACCUCCAUUCGUUCAUGUGGGCAAGCUGCUUCAAAGGUACAACGACAGGUUGUAUCAAAUGCCUUACCAAGUACAACUCACUAAGAUACGGACCAAUCCAUUCCACAAUAGUGUAACAGACGAAAAUCUGGUUCGCGUAACACAUGUGGAAACUCCUGAUAAUUUUUACAUUCAAAAAGUUAGCGAUAUUGAGAUGAUUCGACAGCUAUCACAAGCAUAUCUUGAUGGCGAGCAAACUGUGUGCAUACCAAAAGAUUUAACCAUCGGCUACUACUACAUGGUCUAUCACAGCACAGAUAAACAGUGGUAUCGCGGUAUGUUAAAGAAAAUACUUCCUAAUGAUGUGUACAGAAUCUUCCUUAUUGAUUUUGGACUAAAUUUGGAAACUUCGCCAGAUAAAUUGUGCGUUGUUCGCGAAUCACAUAUGAGAAUUCCAUUUGCCGCAGUGCGCUGUGCCAUAGCCGACAUCGUCCCUGCCGAGAAAGAGUGGUCACAGGCCGCUAAUAGCUUUCUAAUGGAAUUAUUACAAAACCAACAUGCUCGCCUGGCCCGAGAGAGGCCAGGUGCUGCACACAACUUUAAAAUGUAUAUUAAGGAAGAUUUAACUGGUGAAAAACUUGCGUUUUGUAAUGAUAUGAAUUUUUCGUAUGGUGCUCAAGAAGCCAAACCUCAGCAGAUUUAUUUAGCACAGGCAAAUAAGUGCUGUGCUGUCCGUAUUAACGACAGUUGGCAUCGAGGUCGCAUUAUGGAGGUAAUGGGAAAAGGUUCUCUGCUAAUACAUCUAGUAGAUGAAGGACCUUGCGAAAUAAUUAACUGGCGACAAGUAUUCAUUUUGUCCGAUGAAUUUCGCCAACGACGCGAAUAUGCCAUCAGGUGCUCGUUGGCCGAUAUCGAACCGCUACAAGAAAAUUCCUACAAUUACACGCCUGCCGCAAUAGCGGACUUUAAACAGAUGACAAUCAACCCUACCUUAAGAAUGGAAGUUCAGAGUACUUUAGAUGAUCUUAACAGAGUUUUACUAUACGUGAGUAAAAAGAACUUAGACAUUAAUAUCGGAGCUGCUUUAGUUAAAAGUAGGCAUGGCAUUUCGACCGGCGUAACGACACAAAUAACAGAUUGUUUUCGAAUGAAUAGAAAAUCGAAUUGUCACCUUGAAAAAGUACCAUCGGAAACCAAUAAAUUUGACGAGUAUACCAGCCAAUGUUCUUCGAUGACAAGUGUCAAAACAUCCGGAGAUCUUGAACAAUUUUCAAUCCAGCGCUCUGAGAUUUUUGUUACUCAUAUUGUAGACCCCGGCGAGUUUUAUAUUCAAUUGUCAAAAUUAAAAACGGGUACGGAUCAAUUUCAUGCCAAAAUUCAAGAAACUCAGAAUGUGAAAUUUAAAAUAUCUGACAGUUAUGCGGAUCUACCUAAAAAAGAAAAUCAGCAAUGGAUGGUAGGUGACCAUUGUUUGGUAUACACCAAAUACACUAACAUGCCGGAAUAUUCGCCGGCCCACAACAGCUUUGAAUGGUACAGAGGCAUAGUAACCGAAGAGAAGCACGAUCCUAUCUCAGAAACUACAUUCUCCGUGUUUUUGCGAGAUAUUGGAGCAACAAUAAGAUCCAUAGCGGAACACCAGUUAUUUGCAAUUGACCCCCAGUUAGACCGAGUAACUAAUGCAGUUUAUCGAUGCCAUUUAGCAGGUAUUGGUCCUGCUGGCAAUGCUAAAUCAUGGUCCAAAUCUGCUAUAGACUGCUUUCGAUAUUGGAUAACACAGUUUGAAACACAAUGGGUUGCGAUGCGUGGGAAACGAUUAGAGGGAACAAACUCAUUGCCAGUACUUUUGUGGGGUUCUUUAACAGAUACUGCUGAUGCAUUGGCACCAUGCAUUAUAAAAUACACCAACAUAAGCAAGAUCUUAGUCGACAAAGGGUUGGCAUAUUCGCCUGGAACUACGGGCAGUAUCACAGAUCAGUUUGACAUCAUUGAAGGAAUUGACUUAAAAGAAGGCGAAAUAACUAUCCAAAAAUGGUUUAAAUGUCUCGAAGAUGAUAUAACGCUUAACG